AGUGUUUGCCCUGUCUUCCCAAUGUCCACCUCCUCACCGCCCUGGUUUUGAUAGAAAACUACCAUAGACUGACUAUCGAAACUGGCCAUUAACAAAGGAAAUCUGCAGUUAAUCACCGUGUCUUAUGGAGUGACUAAAACAGGCCAGAAGGAACGACGAGGCAGAGCUUACUACUAGACCUCCUCGAUCAACAGUUCCUUGCACUGUGGCUGCACUCGUUGCCGGAUUGCAAAUUUCGCAUUUGGACCGCCACCGACUGAGCCUGACCUGCAGAUAUGUCCCAACUCCAGUUUCAAUGUCCCUCCAGCCCCAUGCCUGCCACCACUGCCCCGCUGCAGCUAGGGCAGCCACAGCCUGGUUACAGCAUACCCUGUGCCGCGGGCACCCUGCCGUCGGAGAGCGCCAGCCAGCCCGUCAGGAGCUCGUCUCUGCCGGCAGGUUCAGCCACUCCUUAUAACACCACCACAGUAUCUAACAUGGCAAACCCUAAAGAGAAGACCCCCAUGUGUUUGGUGAAUGAGUUAGCCCGUUUUAACAAAAUUCAGCCGGAAUACAAGCUGCUGUGUGAGCAAGGACCGGCUCACUCCAAGAUUUUCUCUGUGAGGCUCACGCUGGGGGACCAGCACUGGGAGGCGGAGGGGACAAGCAUCAAAAAAGCUCAGCAUUCUGCUGCUGCUUCUGCCCUCGCCGAGACAGCACUUCCUAAGCCCAUUGUGAGGACGCCCCGCAUCACAGCCAAGAAUCCAGCAGAUGGUUUGAUACAGAUCAUGGAGUUGAACGCACUAUGUAUGAGGCUCGGUAAAAAGCCUAUGUAUAAACCAGUCGACCCAUAUCCUGGGAUGAGACCUCCUAAUUUUAACUACAAUGUUCGUGGUCCUGGGCCUUACCAGCGCUCUAUGCAACAGUACUACUAUCCAUUUCCUCCAGUGGGACCAGUUAUAUACCACAUGGAGCUUUCAAUUGGCAGCCAGCAGUUUCUAGGAAAGGGGCGUACGCGGCAGUUAGCUAAACUCGAUGCCGCUGCCAAGGCCUUGAAAGUGCUUCAAAAUGAGCCUAUAUUGCAGCAGUUGCCAUUGAUGAAUGGCGAGCCUGAGGAGGAGAACCUCAACAAAUCAGAAAUCAGUCAAGUGUUUGAAAUUGCACUCAAACGUAACUUACCUGUUAACUUUGAGGUUUUAAAAGAAGAAGGUCCUCCACACAUGAAGAGUUUCUUGGUGCGUGUGACCGUUGGUGAGUUCACGGGAGAGGGCGACGGAAAGAGUAAAAAAAUUGCAAAGAAGCUGGCAGCGGCAGCGGUGCUGGGGGAGUUGAAGCGACUUCCACAUAUACCCAGUGUGGAAAAGACGCUGCCUCGCAUCAAGAAGAAAACUAAAUCCAUCAUUAAGCUACAGACCAGCCCGGAGUAUGGUCAGGGAAUGAAUCCUAUUAGCCGCCUGGCUCAGAUCCAGCAGGCUAAGAAGGAGAAAGAGCCGGAGUACAGCAUGGUGACAGAGAGAGGUCUGCCGCGGCGCAGAGAGUUUGUCAUGCAGGUUACCGUUUGUGGCCAGUCUGCAGAGGGAAUGGGGCCGAGCAAGAAGGUGGCCAAAAGGAACGCAGCAGAGAAAAUGUUGGACCUCUUAGGAUAUAAAGUGCCUCAACCUCAGCCCCCUAAACCGGCACUCAAAACCGAUGAAAAGACCCCAGUGAAAAAACCUGGUGAUGGGCGUAAAGUGACCUUCUUUGAGCCUGGUUCUGUAGAGGAGGUGGCAUUGGGUCCGAAAGAGGAGGAGUUCCGCCUGCCUUACCUGAGCCACCAGCAGCUGCCUGCAGGUAUCCUGCCCAUGGUGCCUGAGGUGGCUCAAGCAGUCGGGGCCUGCCAAGGAUCCCAGGUCAAGGACUUCAGUCGAGUCAAUUCCAACCCAGGCAAGGCCACAAUCACUGCCAUGAUUGCCAAUGAACUGCUAUAUGCAGGCACAUCCCAGACUGCUGAGACUAUCUUAAAGAACAAAAGUAGCCUGAACCAUCUGCCUAAUGGACCCCUCACCAGGCCCUCAGAACAGCUUAGCUAUCUUGCCUCUGCGCAGGGCCUGCAGGUGGAAUACAAAGAUUUUCCCAAAAACAAUAAGAAUGAGUUUGUGUCACUAAUCAACUGCUCGUCCCAGCCACCAUUGAUAAGUCACGGGAUUGGGAAAGAUGUAGAAUCUUGUCAUGAUAUGGCUGCACUGAAUAUACUGAAGUUGCUCUCAGAGUUGGACCAGCAGUCAAAUGAAAGGACAGGAAACGGACCAGUCUCUGGGUGUGGCAAGCAGGAGCUGGACGGGGACUUGCACGUCAAACAGGCUAACUCAAGCACAUUGGCACAGACCCUGGAUGGCACCGUUUAGAUGUUCAGGUUCGGUUGUCUGUAAAAGCACUAGAGAAAACUCCGACACUGUGUUCUGUCAGUUCAUAAGGCUACAGGGAUCUGCACAGUAGACUGUAAAGCAUCACUGCUCAUAUUAAUAGUUCCUGAAUAUUCACAGUUAAACAAGAUUGAUAGGAAAAGCUAGUUUAUUCUCCUAGAUGUUGUUUAAUUGACUCAUUUUGUUGCUUUGUAGAAGAAGCUGCACCCUAGUCAACGAGUUGGUGGUUUAUUUGCCGAAGAUGAAGCGAUUAACUGUGAACCCUCGUUUUUGUUUCAUGUAGGACUUGUUUCUUCUCUGUGGAACUCGUUUUUAAGUGUUUUAUGUUUUAUUCUCCGCUGACGUAGUUAAUUUACGGAUACCUUGUCGUGGCUCGGGCGUUGACUUUGUCUAGGGUGCAGCCGGCGAACCUCUGUUGAUUUUCCUAGAGUGCUUUAUAUCAACAACCACCAAUUAAGUGUUAUCAACAUUACCAUGUAGGGCUGGGAAGAAUCUGUUACUAAAUGUAGCGUGUGGUGUAAUGUGAUGUUGUCUCUGCAGUGUGUGACAGGGACGUUCCCUGUUGCAUCAGAUCCCUUCUCCCCCUUAUGUCGACCUCCAGUCUCUCUCCGCUCCCCAUGGUAAUUAAACCUAUGUGCGCAUAUGCACAAAACAUAAA